AAAGGAUUUGCCGACGUUCGGGAAUUCCGCCUCCAGUUCCUUUUAUAGCGCCACUCGUGCGCUGGCAGCGCUCCAGGAUCCCGCCCAUCCCGGUUACUUUGACAACACAAAGGACUUCACGGAACUCACAGGCGCCGCCUCCCUUUCCAAAUAAGGGCAGUCUCUCCAUGUACGGAAAACAAUCGGUGCGAGAUUGCCCUUUUCUCUUCCUUAUCCCGUUUAUAUGAUCGGAGAGGAACUGCGCUUCAGGUUGGAAGCGGUGCGAUCAUGGCCGAGCGAGUCCAGCAGCCCCCAGCCAAGCGGCUCUGCUGCAGGCCCGGCUACAACCCGGCAUGCAGGCAGGGGCAGCGGGCUGGAGGAGUCCUGUGUGGCGGCGCAGGGUCCGCUCCGGGAGGGUCGGGGAAUGGAAAAACGCACAACCCGGAGUCGUUGCUCGACAUCGCGGCACGCAGAGUCGCGGAGAAGUGGCCGUUCCAGAGGGUGGAGGAGCGGUUCGAGAGGAUCCCUGAACCCGUCCAGCGGAGGAUCGUAUACUGGUCAUUCCCGAGAAGCGAGAAGGAGAUCUGUAUGUAUUCCUCUUUCAACGCCGGAGGAGAGGAAAGUGGAACUAACGGGGACAAUAAUGACGAGACCCAGCUGCCUUUCCUACGGGGUGUCACUCUGCUAGAGGGUGGCUGGGUGGACAACGUAUUGCAAGUCGGUUUCCAUCUCAGCGGCACAGUCACGGACCCGGCCACACCCUCGACCCCAGAGCUCGUUUGCAGCGUCAGCGUCAGCUUCGACCGCUGCAAGAUCACGGCGGUAACAUGCACCUGCGGCAACAAAGACAUCUUCUACUGCGCCCAUGUAGUGGCACUGUCACUUUACAGAGUACGGAAGCCCGAGCAGGUCAAACUGCACCUGCCCAUCUCAGAAACCCUGUUCCAGAUGAGCAGAGACCAGCUGCAGAAGUUCGUCCAGUAUCUGAUUUCAGUCCACCACACCGAAGUGUUGCCUACCGCACAGAAACUGGCUGAUGAGAUUCUGUCGCAGAACUCGGAGAUCAACCAGGUCCAUGGGGCCCCGGACCCCACAGCAGGAGCCAGUGUAGAUGAUGAGAACUGCUGGCAUCUGGAUGAGGAGCAGGUUCAGGAGCAAGUCAAGCUCUUCCUGUCGCAGGGAGGAUACCACGGCUCUGGCAAGCAACUCAACCUGCUCUUUAGCAAGGUGAGGGAGAUGCUGAAGAUGCGUGACUCCAAUGGAGCGAGGAUGUUAACACUGAUCACAGAACAGUUCAUGGCCGACCCUCGGCUUGCGCUGUGGAGACAGCAGGGCACCACCAUGACCGACAAGUACAGACAGCUGUGGGACGAGCUAGGUGCCCUGUGGAUGUGCAUCGUACUGAACCCCCACUGCAAAGCAGAGCAGAAGUCUUCAUGGCUGCGCCAGCUGCGCAGAUGGAACAGCGUGGACGUCUGCCCCUGGGAGGACGGUAACCACGGCAACGAGCUGCCCAACCUCACCCACUCACUGCCUCAGGGUGCCCAUGGCAACCAAGAGAUGCGCCCCCACAGGACUGUGUUCACACGGGCCAUUGAGGCCUGUGACCUGCACUGGCAGGACCGACACCUCCAGCACAUUAUCGCCAGUGACCUCUAUGCCAACUACUGUUACCAUGACAACCAGGAGGGCUCCCUCUUUGACACCCGCGGCUGGCCCUUGUGGCAUGAACAUGUCCCAACGGCCUGUGCCAGGGUGGAUGCCCUGCGUUCCCACGGUUACCCAAGAGAAGCCCUCCGACUGGCCAUCGCCGUGGUAAACACAUUACGACGGCAACAGCAGAGGCAACUGGAGCACUUCCGCCGACACAAGAAAGAGUUGCUCCAUAAAGGCCAUACUUCCAUAACCAACAUGGAGGGCUGGGUGGGACACCCCCUGGAUCCCAUCGGUACCCUGUUCAGCACCCUGACAGAGUCGGGACGAGGAGGAGAGGAGGGCUCCAACACCUGCUUAGACCUCUCAGACUGCUCCAGUGUUGUAAGCCGAGCAGAGCUCCAGCGAAUGCCCGUGCAGCGAUUACUAGGAGACGGUGAAUCGUAUGUGGCACUGGCAGUGGAGACAGCUCUGAUUGGCUUAGGCCAGCAGCGGGUGAUGCCUGACGGGCUGUACGCUCAAGAGAAGGUGUGUCGCAAUGAAGAGCAGCUAUUGGCCAAGCUGCAGGAAGUGGAACUGGACGACUCCCUGGUCAAAAUCUUCCGUAAACAGGCCGUCUUUCUGCUAGAGGCUGGUCCGUACUCUGGUCUUGGAGAGAUCGUCCACAGAGAGAGUGUUCCCAUGCACACCUUCGCCCGCUAUCUCUUUACAUCUCUCCUACCUCACGACGCUGAACUGGCGUACAAAAUUGCACUGAGAGCGAUGCGGUUGCCGGUGUUGGAGUCGACGGCCUCGUCCGGUGACCUGUCACGACCCCACCACAUUGUGUCCGUGGUGCCCAACCGCUACCCACGCUGGUUCACCCUGAGCCACAUAGAGUCUCAGCAGUGUGAGCUGGCCUCCACUAUGCUUACUGCUGCCAAAGGUGACAGUCGCAGGCUGGAGACAGUCCUGGAGUCCAUCCAGAAAAACAUUCACUCCUCGUCUCACAUCUUCAAACUGGCUCAAGAUGCGUUUAAGAUCGCCACUCUAAUGGACAGCCUGCCUGACAUCACACUUCUCAAAGUCUCUCUGGAGCUGGGACUGCAGGUGAUGAGAAUAACUCUGUCCACAUUAAACUGGAGGAGGAGAGAGAUGGUGCGCUGGUUAGUCACGUGUGCCACUGAAGUGGGUGUGUACGCACUGGACAGCAUCAUGCAGAGCUGGUUCACCCUCUUCACCCCCACAGAAGCCACCAGUAUCGUGGCCACCACUGUCAUGUCCAACAGCACCAUCGUCCGCCUCCACCUGGACUGCCACCAGCAGGAGAACCUGGCUUCAUCCGCCCGCACCCUCGCCCUGCAGUGUGCCAUGAAGGACCCCCAGAACUGCGCCCUCUCUGCUCUUACACUCUGUGAAAAGGACCACAUUGCCUUCGAGACAGCCUACCAGAUUGUACUGGACGCGGCGGCGACAGGGAUGAGCUACACACAGCUGUUCACUAUAGCACGCUACAUGGAACACCGUGGUUACCCGAUGAGGGCGUAUAAGCUGGCGACGUUAGCCAUGGCUCAUCUGAACCUCAGUUACAACCAGGACACACACCCAGCCAUCAACGACGUGCUCUGGGCCUGCGCGCUCAGCCACUCGCUGGGGAAGAACGAGCUAGCCGCCGUUAUCCCCCUGGUGGUCAAGAGUGUGAAGUGCGCCACCGUGCUCUCGGACAUUUUGCGGAGGUGCACGCUGACCACGCCGGGCAUGGUGUCGGCGCUGCACAGCCGCAGGAACUCUGGGAAGCUGAUGUCCCUGGACAAGGCGCCGCUAAGGCAGCUGCUGGACGCAACCAUUGGGGCCUACAUCAACACCACGCACUCGCGGCUCACACACAUCAGCCCGCGCCACUACAGCGAGUUCAUCGAGUUCCUGGGCAAGGCCCGGGAGACUUUCAUGAUGGCUCACGACGGACACAUUCAGUUCACCCAGUUCAUAGACAACCUGAAACAGAUCUACAAGGGCAAAAAGAAACUAAUGAUGCUGGUGAGGGAGAGGUUUGGCUGAGGGUGAGGCUGGGGAUCGCCAAAUACUCCCCUCCCACUCUAGUACUUUUCUAUUAACUUGAGUCUGCCUUUUGAACUUCUUUUGGACUUAAUAAAAUGGAGAAGUAAAAAGAGGGAUGUGACUUGUAGAAUGAAGCAAAAAGAGAAAGGAAAAGAUGACAAAAAAAUCAACAGAGCCACACGCGGUAUUAUUGUUCUUGCUGUUGUUAUUGUUAUAAACAUUAUUACUAUUAUUAUUAUUAAUAAUAUUAUUACUACUAUGUGUACAGAAGUGUUUUUAUUUUUCAGAAGAGAGGAAAUUUGUCACGUUGUGAAUGUUGUGUGUAUUUCUCUACAUGUGUGCGAGAGGAAAAUGAAAGUGAAAUGGCUUUUUUUAUUUUUGUUCUUUUUAUUUUUAUGAUUUAAAGCAUCUUUCUUUCCCCCCUUUUUCAGUGUACAUUGAGUUAUAUGUUGUCAAGUGGCUGAAGCCCUUCUUCAAUAGCGCUCAUGUAAAAACCUCAAAAAAAGAAGAAGAAGAAAAACUACGUCUCGGCAUCCUCAAAGAGAAACUAAGGCUUUAAAUCACACAGAGCACCUCCCUCUGUCCAGGCCCUCACCGGUGGGUGCUGGGCAGCACUGCACACCUUAGCUUGGCUCGGCUCGGCACAGCUUGGGUUAGCACUGACAUUUCUUUAGACAGCAGUAGCAGCAGCAGCAGCACUUGAGCAGCCAUUAGUUUUCUCUGGGUCCCAGGCAUUUGCUUCAUUACACACAACAAUGCUCUUAGCUAACUUGUGUUGUUGUUAUUGUUGUAAUCCUCCCCGCCUCCAUAAUGAGUACCUGUUUUACAGAGGACAGUAUGCAGGUGCUACAGUGAUGGCACAUUACAUAAAGAUAAUGAGUAUUAUUGUUACAUUAAUGUAAUGUAGUACAGGUGGGAUUUUUAACCGCCCAAGUUUGACUAAAUAACCGUUUUAGUUGAGUUUGUUUUGGUCGAAGUAGAUACCCAGAGGGAGACGACUACCUCAUGAUACGGUAUUAAACCUGCUCCCAUUUAUUUUAGUUUUGUUGCUAUCAUGAUAGCUGAUAGUUUUAAUUAAACAGGACAGUCCUUGGUGAGACCAAGGUUGUGAGGAGAUGUGGAGUCAGAUUACUGCUGAGUGUUUUUUGCGCCCGGCACUGCUGUACGUCACUGCCCCGGCAUCGGUACUUACACCCCGAAAAUUGGCUUGAACGCGCCUCUCAGAAGUGUCAGUAUGUCAGUCCCCUCUCAUCUCUAAAAGCCACCAUUGUAUGGUAUUUUCAGACUAGGCCAGUGUCAUUUCCCUCUGUGCAUGUGAAUCAUAGAAAUUAGACUUUCUACUGUUAAAGUUCAUUGUGUGGAACCUUCAGUAAUUGUCAACCAGAACGUUCUCAGGGAUUUCUCUACACAGGAAAAAGGCGGAACAAAUGAACGACUGACUACAGGAAAAAGACAAAAACAUGACACAACAUGAGCGAGCAUUUAUUGAACUCUGUAUAUAUGCCAUAGUAUAUGUCUGAAUAUGGAGGAUCUGAAAGUAUAUGUUAACUAAUUUAUACAGAGUAUUCUAUGUAAUGUGAAAUACUUGAAGCCGCUGUAGUUUGCGCUCUUUCUCUUGCUCUCCUUCUCUCUUUUGUCUUCUCUUUUUUUCUCUUUUGUUGAAAACAGAACAUAUCAGAAGGACUAGACUGACCUUGUUGACGGCUUUUUGGACUCCAAAGGCCUCAUGUGUUCAUACUUGAGACGCUGGAUCCUGUCAGAAAUGCAGGUUGAGUCAAAUUGGUGAUGGCGGAGAAAAACAUUGUUGUUCAUUCCUGCUGACUAAAGCAUAGAAAAGGGGGUGGAGGUAGACUACUUCAGGCCAUUGGUCGAUAAAUGUUUGAUAACCCAAUACAGGACUUAAUUAUGCAUGCAAACUGUUGCACUAGCCUAGUUUUCCAUAGGAUCCUAUGGGGAAAAAACUUUAAUGUGCUUUAUACAGGAGCUAAUUGGAGAUGAAUCUGGUUAAUCUGGUGUAUUAUGUGUCCAGCCUUAUAUGCAUUUAGGGCAUCUCUUGGCUGAAAUCAGCCUCAUGUUGCAUUACUAUAGCAUUUGCCAGAGUAACUUAAGAGUUGUGCAACUCAACAAGACUCACAUUCAUAAUUAUGCACAGGUUCAAUCUAGCUAAGAUUAAAAAAACAAGUCUCCUCAGUUCUCCCUUUUCAUUCCCCGCAGAAUUUCCAGUGUCUCCUCUGCAAUGUUCAGCUGUCCUAUCAUUACUUGCCUUUUUACCUUCUUUAUAUGUCUGACUUUUCUUUUUUCUGUGCAUCUUUUUCUAUCUUGUGUUGAUUAAAGAUAAAAGCAGCCUUUUCUCUUGCCUUGUCUUAACGCUUUAAAGUAACCAAACAGGAGAUCUAUCUAACAACCAAACGCGUUCUAAGAGGUGAGAGACAACCCACCUUGGUCCCAGCUUUAGUGUCCUUAAUUAGUAAGUGAAUGGCUGUGUAACUCAUGCUUUAACAAAGCAAUUCCUCACGUGUGUUUGGUGAAAAAAUACAUUGUCCAGUGUCUCUUGUUCUCUUCAGAAACAAUUUCCUCUUAGUCUUUCUAGCUUUUUUUUUUUUUUUUUUUUUUUUUGUUUGUGUAGGAAUCUUCUGCUCUCCCAUUUUAUUUAUUACAAUGACCCAUGUAUACAUGCUUAUGAAAUUAAGAUUUG